CCCAGGUUCCGUUUGAUGCGAAAAUGGCCCGUGCGUUUGAUUUUUGCACAUAUUUGCGAUACGAAGAAGAUCACAUUCGUCUGAUCAGUUUUUGUCAGGGUCGAGUGGCAGGGGCAGGCAGGAUCGAUGGUUGUUUAUUUCUAUCGAUUCAGUUACAGUUUCGAUGAUGCGGAUGCCGGAAAAGAAACUCCACCAUUACAGGAAGAGACUUACUUUGGUGAAGUAGGAGCAAGUUCAACUUGCUUUGUCGUGUAUCCUGUUCCUUGGCUUUAUUGUUCUUGUGAAAUAUUGAGAAGGAAGAAAGUGCUAACAUAUAAUCCACUCAUUGGAUGCCUAUCGAAGAAAAAUCAAAGACGGGCAAAAAGGCGAGUAAGGAUUAAUAUGUCCGCCGAAGAGUUCGAUGCCGCCGCCAAGUGGGUCCAAAGUCUUCCCAAAGACGGCCCGGCACAGCCGACCAACGACGAGAAACUGAUCACGUACGGGCUCUAUGCAUUACAAAAAGAGAAAGUGACGCUGUGAGACCCAGAAAUCAAUGGACUCCGCCCGUGCGGACUCGUUUCAGGUUUCCCGGGAAACCUUCGGUUUAGCUCGUGCUAAAGUGUGUUGCAACGCAACUUAAAACGCGGCGCGCGCAUGGACUCCGCUGCUGUUUGUGGGCACAACCGCGCCGCGUCUGUGUUGCAGUCUCUUGUGCCCAAAGCGCCGCAGUCGGCUGCGGAUUGCGAGCAACCUG